UUUCCUACACGUUAUAUUAAGAAAAUAUUAUAACAUUUUUGGUUAUGAUCAGUUAUGAUGAUAUUAUGAGUGAAAAAUAAAUUUCAAUUUUUAAUAAUAAUUAAUGUGUUUUUUAUGUGGGUUGUGGGAUAAAUUUUGAUGGAUGCAUAUUAUACUGAUUUUUAAACAGUAAACUGCAAAGAAAAACUUCACGAUGUCACACACUCAGUUUUCGGAUCAUGAAUUAAAAGCGCUUUUAAAUGACGAAAGAAAUUGUGUAAAGUUACAAAAGGGCAUUAAGCAUAUUUCAUUACACCCAUUUUAUUUAAAUAACGUCGCAGCUGGCAUAGCCGAAAAUUUAAACAAAAUUGUAUCUAAAUAUGAUAAAUCUUUAAACGGAAUAAUUUUAGCAUAUAAGAAACCAAGGCUACAACAGUCUAAUGGUGUUAUUCAUAAUGAUAAAGGAUCUAUAUUUGUUGAUGUGGAAGCUGAAUUUUACAUUUUUUGUCCAAAAGAAAAUAGUUAUGUAAGAGCAAUUGUAAAUAAAACAGGCCAAGACCAUGUUGGGUGUCUUAUUCAUAAAGCGUUUAAUAUAUCUGUACCAAGAUCACCAAAUCAGACGGAUUGGAAAGGGAAAUUUGUAAAAACCGGAGAUGAAAUUUUGGUUAAAAUUACUUAUAUAGAUAUGUUCUACAUAAUACCUUACAUCAAGGGUGAAAUUGUUGAGAUUUUAAUGAAAUCCAUAAAAUCUGAAAUGGAUGACGAUAGCGGAAUUAGUACAAACGAAAAUCAUCCUAAGACGACCAAGAAAAAAUCCAAAUCAAAUAAAAAUGAUUCAUUAACAGAUAGUAAUAAGUUUGUGGAAGAUGUUGCUGUAAAAUCUGUAUUAAAGGUUGAGCCUGAGAAAGAAAUGAGCAAAAAAUUAAGAAAGAGUAAAAAUAAUUCUUUAAUUCAAGAGAUGAAUACUUCAAAUUCUGUAGAAUCCAAUACAGAAAAUAAAGACGAUGAUACUAACAUAUCACAUUCUGGAAAAAAAUCCAAGAAGCGAAGGAAUACUAUUACUGAAAUGACACCAUCAGGCGAUGGAGUAUUAGACAAUUCGAUUAUUUCGAGUAACAGCACAUUCAAAAAUAAAAAGGAUAAAUCCAAAGAAAAGACAACUGAAAUCGAUUCAUCUCCAAUUAAAAAAGAAAAAAUUCAUGAUAAAUUUAAUGAAUUAUCCGAAAAAUUUAUGAAAAAGAAAGAAAAAUUGAUGAAAGAAAUUGACGUAUCAAUGUUAUCCGACAGUUUAAAAGUUACGAGCCCGAAAAAGUUCAAAUCUGAUUCUUUUAAUGAAAUGUCCAAAAAUGUUGAUGCAAAGCUAAACGGUAAAGAUGAAUCUAAACAAGUGAUGGAUGAUAAUAAACUUAGUAAAAAAAUUAAAAAUCGUAGACAAACAGUUUCAGAAUUAUUACCAGCUGAAAAUAUUGGUAAAGAUGAUUCUAAACUUAAAGUGGAUGAUAAUAAAUUUAAUAAAAAAAUUAAAAAUCGCAGACAAACAGUUUCAGAAUUAUUACCAGCUGAGGGUAUUAGUAAAGAUGAUCCGAAAUUUAAAGUGGAUGAUAAUAAAUUUAGUAAAAAAAUUAAAAAUCGUAGGCAAACAGUUUCAGAACUAUUACCAGCUGAGAAUAUUAGUAAAGAAGAAAAUAAAAAGCGUAAGAAACAUAAUAGAAGUUUAGACGAGAAUGAUAUAGCUGUUGAAAAAUCUGUUAUCGACUCGGCGGACCUUAGUCCACAAAAAUCUAAGAAGGCGAAGAAACAAAAAUCAACGAUGAAUGAAGUUGAUAUUGAUAUUCAGGCACUUAAAAAUAAACUAAUUCAAUCAGUUCUAAAAGAAUGUAGCCCACAGAAAAAAGACAAAAAUGUUAGCCUAUCGUUAGAUCAAUCAAACAGUAAGCCUUCCAAAAAGAGAAAGAAGAAAGAUAGUAUUCAACCAGCAGAAAUUAUUGAAAAUAAAAACGAAUCAACACCACAAAGAAAUGAAACAUUAGAUGACAGUGAAAAUGGAUUAAAAAAAACAAAAGCCAAACGUAAGAAAAUAAAUUCACCAAGUGAAAAAUAUCCUUCAUUACAGUUAAGCACUCCACAUUAUGUUGAUUAUGUUCCUACCAAUGAAGUAUCUACAUUUCAUGAUUCCAUAUCACCUAUCAAAAUGAAAGAUCGUCCAAAUUUGUCUUCACCCGAAACUAAAAAGUAUACGAGUCCAGCAGGAAGUGAACGUGUACCAAAGUCGAAAAAGAUUAAAAGUCCAAGAAGGCCGUCUGGUUUCUUAUCAGAGUUUCAUACAGAUUUAAUUUCAAAAUACUUAAAUAAGUAACUUUUUUAUAGGCUAAGAAUUGUUUAUCUAAAGAUUUAUUUUAAUAUAGUUUGAUUAAUUUUGA